CCUUUAAUCUUCUUGGUGGAUUUUCAGGGUUGUUUUGUUUUUUAUGUAACACAAAUUAAUUUUAUUCUGACUUUCCACCACAAAACAAACAAAAGAAAAACUCCAAAUUAACCUGUUGCAAGAUCCCAUCGUGCAGGCACAUGCUUACAGCUGUCCCCUGUUGCACAGUGACACGUAGUCCUAGGUCCCAGGACCCCCACCUAUCGUAAACACCUGUCUGGUUCCCACGAAGCCGCCAAUCACAUCCCAGAGAAGCUGCAGCAGAGACAGCCGGCUGCCAUGUGGCGACCGUCAGGGGCAGAGCAGAGGUGACACAACUCUUCGUACAGAGUCUACAGAGUCUCCUGGUCAUUGCUUGAUUUGUGUCUUUUUUCCUGCCGCCCUGUCAGCUGAAUCAUUUGAAAAAUGCUGAUCACUCUGUUUUUCUCCCUCCUGGUGUCUUCUGUCAUUGCCACAGAGAAAGACAGUGCCCUUCCCAGGCUGACUGACACCAAAGCUUCUGAGGCCUUCAUCGAUUCUGCCGAAGUGGUGGUCAUCGGUUUCCUAGAGGGAGAGAAGAGUCGCGGCUAUCAGGAGCUCGUUGCAGCUGCAAAGCGAGUUGACUCGGUCCCUGUAGCCAUUUGCACGAUGAAAGAGGUGUGGGCUGACUACAACCUCUCCUCAGACACCAUCACCCUCUUCCGAAAGGCAGAUAACCACCAGGAGAACCUCGUUCUUGCUGAGACCAAGAAGGUUGAAGCUGACAGUUUUGUAAACUUCAUCACCAUCAACGAGGUCCGCUACAUCACAGAAUACAACCAAGUGACAGCAGUGGGCCUGUUCAACUCAGAGGUGAAGUCCCACCUGCUGCUCUUUGCCAACAGAGGGAGUAAAGAAUAUUCUGAGCUCAAGGAGCGACUGGGAGCUCUGGCCCCUGAGUUCACAGGCAAGUUCUUGUUUGUGCUGAUUAACGGAGCAGUGAAGUCCAACUCCCGGUCACUGGGCUACUUCGGCCUCAAGUCUCAGGACCUUCCGCGAGUAGGAAUCUAUGACAGUGACUCUGACAUGAAGUGGCUCCUACCUGAGGGAGAGAUUUCUACUGAACGAGUGCGGGAGUUCUGCCAGUCCUUCAUACAAGGGGAACUGAAGGAGGUGAAGCAGGCAGGAGCAGAAGCCAAAACAGAGCUUUAGGAUUCACAGAAGGAAUGUAAAUGCAUUUAUAUUAAAUAAAAUACUGUGUCUGAUGUGAAUUA